UUUUACUGUUUUUGUUGAUGUUGUGCUUUGUUGUCCUCUCAGUCUACAAGGUGGAGGUGGAUUUACUGGUGGAGUCUGUCCAGCUGCCCUGCAAAACCACAGUUGACAUGCCUAAAAAUGUCACAGUGGAGUGGACAGACGGAGGCACCAGGAAGGUCCACGUGUAUCAGAACGGCUCUGACCAGCCUGACCAACAGGACCAGGUUUACAGAGACCGAACAGAGAUGAAGGAAGACCUGCUGAGAACUGGAGACCUCAGUCUGACCCUGAAAUCCCCCACAGACAGAGACGGAGGACGAUACAGGUGCAUCGUCACCAGCAGAAACAUCCUGAGAGUGAAAUCAGUUGUUCUCAGGGUCAAAGAGAGAAGCAGGAACAGAAGCAGCUCCACUGAUCCAACUCCUCUGAUGGCCGAUCAAUCUGUUUGAUCUUUGAUCAUUGAUCCGAUCUGACUCUGGAUCAGAGAGAAAAUGGAGGUGAAGCAGCUGAUGGAGGACGGAUGAAGACAGGAGGACGCUUUGUCAGCUUCUUCUUCACUCUGACUCCUCCUACUGACUCUCACACACAGUCUACACACUCACUAUUGAUUCCUGCUGAUCAGUGAUGUCAGAGUGAGGUCAGCGUGAUGUCACAUGUUGAUUCGCUCUGGGAUCUGGACUGAAAGGUGUCCUGUUAACUCAGCUUUUGCAUCCUGCUCUGUUCUCCCCUCUGUGAAUAUUAUUGAAGAGAAGAGUCUUUCAGAGCGGAAGGAGGGAAACCUUAACAGUCAGGACACAGAGAGAAACAGGAAAUGAAAGAACACACUUCUGCUCUUUUGAUUUCCCUCCUUCAGUGUUGUAAUUUUCCCUUCCUCUGGCAGAUCUUCCAAACCGCCCUCAG